UGCGUGAGGUAACGUGGGUGAAGUUGAACGGUGUCUGUUCAGCGCUUUGACGGGGAAAAAAUCACCAUAGCCUUUUUUGCUACAGUAAGUGCUGUGGUGAACCCCCGACUGAGUGACGAUGCCGCUGCACAAGUACCCCCCGAGGAUAUGGGAGGCGCUGAAGAUGAAGCAGGGGAUCUACGCCCGCUUGCCACAGCACUACCUGCGCUCCCUGCAGGAGACGCAACCGCCCACCCCGGUCCACUGGAAACCCCUAGGGGUCAAAUACAGGCUCAACCCCAAAACUGGCGCCCGGGAACGCGUGCAGGACGUCCCUAUCCCCAUAUACUAUCCCCCGGAGUCUCAGAGCGGUCUGUGGGGCGGGGAGGGCUGGAUAUCCGGGUACCGCUACGCCAAUAAUGACAAACUCUCCACACGAUUGAAGAAGUGCUGGAAACCUCAGCUGUUUGUUAGAGAGCUGUACAGCGAGAUCCUGGACCACAAGUUCAAAAUCACGGUCACCACUCGAACACUGGAUCUUAUCGAUGCCGCUUAUGGCUUUGACUUCUACAUCCUCAAGACUCCAAAGCAGGAUCUGAACUCCAAGCUGGGGAUGGACCUGAAGAGGGCCAUGCUGCUCCGUCUGGCGCGCCGGGACAAGGAGCUCUACCCCGACGACCCCGUCCGCAGGGGGCAGGUCUACGACAAGUACAAGCAGUUUGAGAUCCCAGAGGAGGAGGCGGAGUGGGUGGGGCUGAGCCUGGAGGAAGCUGUGGAGAAGCAGCGGCUCCUUGAGCGCAAGGAGCCAACCCCACAAUUUCUCACCUGCGUUGACAACCUGGUACAUGAGCUGGCUGUCCAGAAGUUGUCUGAACCUCAGAUAGUAGAGAAGGAGUGACACCUCUGCCUGGAGAUGCCCACAUUCCGCAUGUUUGUCGCUGUGGAUGAGCAGAAGAGGUGGCCAUUUCCUCACGGAAGACAUUUAUUUAUUCAGGCAACAGCUUUUCAGUGGUUUCUGUCUGACUUUCCCCAGUUUUCAUGAUCCGAUUUGAUCAAUACAAAGCCUGUAAAUGCAU